GGGGAAACGAGCCGCGUCCGAGUCCAAUUGGCCGAUUGCGAUGGCGCGUUCCUGCGCGGACGAAGUUUGGGCGACCCCCGAGAAGCAUCGCCGCGCACCAUGGGAGUGUCUUGCAACGAUUGGAAGCCGUGUGAUUGUCUCUGGUGGACGGCAGGGCAUGCUUCGCUUCCUCGGCCCCACAGAGUUUGCCAAGGGUGUCUGGGUUGGCGUUGAGUUGGACACUCCUGAAGAAGGCAAGUCGGACGGAGCUGUCAACGGCGUGCGGUACUUCACGUGCAAACCGUUGUGUGGUCUAUUUACCAAACCGACGCAGAUUCAACCAGAACCACGUCGACAUGACGUGACAAUCUCACCACCUGCGUUGGCACCGCGACCGAGGCCUCCAUCUCCUCAGCACGAUCGAAAGCGACGUAUCACGCGGCGAAGUCUGCUUCGACGGGACCAUGCAGUGACAUUUAUGUCUGUGUUGUUCAAUCCAUCGCUCUUGACAACAAUCCAGCACUUCCAGCCCGGUCUAUUUGCCGACCUCCACCCGCGAUUUGCAGAAUGGAGGGCGUUCAUCCAGACCCACGCCAACUUUCGAUACAACGUCGGUGCCCCGUUGCGGUAUCAGCGAUUCUUUGACAGCCAGAUGCACGUCGCUCAAGACUUGUACCUCCCGGAGGUAUCGGAUCCCCGCUUUGUCCUGCAUGUUGCAAUCUUCGAAGGCGAUGUCCACGUCGUCAAGCGCUGUGCCCGUUGCCAGGAGCACACGAUAUCCCCGCAAGCUCUGACAUGUGCUGCUCGAUUCGGCCACUUAGAUAUUGUACAGUUCCUGCACCAGCUCCAGUCCCACACUCGCCAUCCCGCGUUGCGUGGCUCCGAUACCACGGCAGUCGACGCUGCUGCCGCACAUGGCCAUCUUGCAGUUGUGGAGUACUUGCUGCAGCAUCAAUAUUCAUGCAGCACCAACGCAAUGGACAGUGCCGCGACUCGAGGGCAUUUGGAUCUUGUGCGGUUCCUCCAUGACCACUCGUCCGUUGGAUGUACGCAUGUUGCCAUGGACGGGGCGGCGGAAAACGGUCACCUGGCGAUCGUUGCAUUUCUGCACUUCCACCGCACCGAGGGCGGCACGAUCGACGCGAUGGACUUUGCGACGCAAAACGGACACUUGGACGUGGUCCAGUUUCUGCACUUCCACCGUGCAGAAGGAUGCUCCGCCGACGCGCUCAACUGGGCCGCCGAAGCAGGCAACUUGGAUUUAGUCUACUUUCUGCACGACCAUCGUCACGAAGGCGCGACAACAGACGCGAUGGACGCGGCGGCCCAGCAUGGCUACCUCGACAUAGUCGAGUUUUUGCACGAGAAUCGCAGCGAAGGAUGCACGAGUGCGGCGAUGGACCUGGCGGCCGCGAACGGACACAUGGACGUCGUCGAGUUUCUCCACGUACGGCGACGAGAAGGUUGCACGGCGGACGCGUUGAUUUGGGCCGCACAGAACGGACACUUGGACAUGGUUAUGUUUCUGUGGGUUCAUCGAGGCCAAGAAGUCCGAACACAUGCUGAUGCCGCCCUCCGCGCCGCCAAGCGGCACGACCACACAACUAUAUCGCAGUAUUUGGAGUUCCAGACACAAACGAGAUAGCAUAAGAUCCCACUCGAGGUGUUAAAGAGUGUCGUUUCGUCGAUCUGUG